GUUCCGAUCAGCGGCGACACGUACCGGAAGUGCUACAACAUGAUUAUGUGCAUGUUGUCGUGCCACGACGGCUACACUCUCAGCACGAGGACAGACGAAACGGGCUGUCAAAAGUGCGCAUGCGUGGAUUCACAACCAGGCGGUAUGAACCCGAUGUUUCCGGGAGCCGGUGGAAGCGGAAGUGGUGGCUGCACAGGCCCGUUCUGUAUGGGCGUCGGAAACGGCGGCAGUGGAGGAACCGGAAGUGGCGGUUGGAUGAUGGGCGGCCCCGGGGGAGUGGGAGGUAAAUAUUUGCGUUCGUUCUUGUUGUUGUUUUUGCUGGCCGGACACGAAAUUCGCCAUAGGUUGUCGUACUGUGACGUCAUCGAGUCACGCAUUGCAGCUGGGAGAGGCAUUUCGGGGAAACUAAUACACAAAUGUCCUCUGGUUUCUCCGGAUCUCCGCCCAAAGCAUACCAAAAUUUCAUAUACAGUGACAAUUAUUUAAUUGCUGUAAAUUGCUGCUAUAAUUCAACAUUCGAACAAACGUC